AUGGUGAACCACAAUGUGCGAGUUACCUUUGCUGUCAGAAUCACUGAUGGAAUCGCCACCGGCAUUUGGGCCUCCAGCGUGCUGAGCACGUACAUCAAUGUACUAGAAGGUGACGAUGACAGGGCAAACGAGAGAGUUGGUUACGCCCAAGCAAUCCAAGGCACUUUCCUUGCAGCAGCGGCUAUUCCAGGUGCACCAUUUUCACCACCAGAAAUUGGAUACGUCCCAAUAUAUUUUUUACUCCUUCUCAGACCUCCGCGAGCUGGCUGGUUGGCGAUCACGUAUCGGCGCGACUCCAUCCUCCGAGUCAUGGGCCUCGUGGCCUUCGCGGCCAUUGCCACCACCUCCGCGGCGCUCGUACUCGAUGUGCCGUACAAGUACGGCCUGCUCUGCUGCGGCUUGGCGUUGUGGGGUGUCGCACAGGCCAACGCCCCCGUACUAGAUGCUCUUUUCGCUGAUUCGGUGCCCACUGGCAAUCGCUCCAAGCUGUACACCUGGCUGCACAUGUCCUACAUUGUGGCUCAGGGUCUUGGACCCGGAGUGGGUGCCGUCAUGUUCGCCCUCCACGGGAAUGUGUGGAGGCUGGAGGUGCUCCAGCGUGUGAUGCUGGUGGGCAUGGCCCUGGCGGCCCUUCCGGCGCUGCUGAUGUUGUUCUUCGACGACGACCAGGCUCUGGGCGCAGAGAGCGAGGGGUUGCUGCGCGCGGCGCUGCUGUCUCCCGGGGACGAGGAGGAGGGCGCGGAGGGCGCGGAGGAGCUCGCAUCAGCCGCCAUCAUCGCCGUCGUGGCCAUCAUCAUCAUGAUUAUUACACACCCCCGGGCACCGGACGCCGAUGCCGACACCGACACAGCUACAGCCGGCGGUGUACGGCCACACGUCAGCAGCCAUGCGCUACUGCUGUCUCCUUGUACGGACCGCUCCGGGAUGACGACGCCGCUCUUCAGCUCGCCGCCGCCGCCGUCGGUAGGGGUAGGCAGGGGGGACGGCGUCAGGGGCGCCGAAGGCCGCGGAGCAGGUAUUGCGUCGACGACGGCGGCGAACACGGUGAACGCGGCGGAGGCGGCGGAGGCGAUUAAGAUUUGGUGGGCCGAGGGGCAAGGCGGCGGCGCUCUGGGGCAGAUCCCGGGCAGCGGCGAGAGAAGAGGGGAUCUGCGUUUGGGUGAAGGAGCCUCGGCGGCGGCGGAGCGCUUUCAUGCUGUACGGCAGGCCGUCGACGGAGAAGCAGCGGCGGCAGCGGCGGCGGCAGUGGCGGCAGUGGCGGGACCGUCUGAAUCCGGUGCGGGUAGCGUGGUCGAUGGCCGCCGCCGUCGCAGCGCCGGCGGCGGCGGCGGUGGCGGCGUUCUCAGGGCGGGGGGGAUUGAUUCGUAUUCUGGCAGCGAAGGCGGCGGCAGCGGCGGGUACGACAGCGCCGCCAGCGGCAGCCGUGAGCCGUCUUUAGCGGCGGAGUCGGCACCUUCAGAGCUUUCCUUCAACAGCCUCCUGGGCCCUGCGAGUUUUAAAUCAGCUCAGUCACGUGCUUUCAGUAGGGCGGGGUCUUCUAGCAGCUUCGGAUCAGGGCGCGGCAACGGCAACGGCAACGUCAACGUCAACGGCGUUCUCGCCGACAGCGGCGGCAGCGGCGCGGCGUCGCCGCCGGUGGGCCUGCUGCCGUACUUGGAGGAGGACGUUGCGGCGGAGGCCGACGUCAGCUGCGAGCCAGACAUCCCCAACUUAGAUCCCCAAUCCCAGCGGAUGGCUGCCGGACGCCAGCCCGCUCCAUUGCGUACGACAGAGCCCCUGGCGGCGGCGGCGGCGGCGGCGAUCGCCGUCACUGCUGGGCCUGCAGGUGGUUCGCCUCCGCUGCCGAAGCCGUUGCAUGACGACAGCCUCCGUACACAGCAGGGUGCCGGCAAGUUGUCGACGCCGUCAGCGCAGACUGCGGGCUCUCAGGAACCCCCGACGGCGGGAUUGGAAGCACGACACGCCUCUAUCGCCGCCGGCAACGGCGCCUCCGCUGCCGCGGCGACGGCGACGGCGGCGGCAGCAGCUGCUGCGGCGGCUUCUCCCGGCGCUGCGGCGACGNACGCCGUCAACGGCAGGUGUCCGACUACCGGCAGUGGCGGAGUGAUAUCAGCGCGCCACCGCCUUGACCCCCGCAAGCACCAGUUCCUGUGUCUCAACAUGGCCUGGAUCCCGGGCAUCUUGGCUCUCACGGACUGCACCAUGGGACUGGCCUCGGGCAUGACCAUCAAGUUCUUCCCGAUAUUCUUCAAGGACGAGCGGUGGCACAACCAGCGGCUGAUGGUGCCCGUGUACAUCGCCCGCACUUGCAUCAUGAACUCCAUCUACCCGCUGCAGAAGUCCAUACUCAUGGAUUUCGUGCCGAAGGAGCGCCGCGCCGCGUGGAACAGCCUGGAGUCCGUAACCAGCUUCGGUUGGAGUGGCAGCGCGGCGCUCGGCGGCUGGCUCAUCCACCAGUUUGGAUUCCGGUGCAUUGAACACGGCAUGGCCUACACAAUGCGGCACAUUCCUUACCGAUGUUCUUUAUGGAAUCCACCAGUCGCUACAUGCCUGAAGGAGCCGCAGGUAUGCCUCCUGUACAGGCUCAGGAAAUCGUGCAGAUGUGAUGACGUACGAGCCGAUGGGACCGGCGAGCAGAAAUGCAUGGGAUGGUGUAUGUCCAUGUUAUUGCUCCCGAUUGUGCCGCGGAAAGAAGCCGGACUGCAGGCUGCCUGUCGUAGCGUGGCAUCUGCCGCCAGUGGCGGCGGAGGCGGCGGCAAGCGCAUCAACCAGCCGCCGCGGCAGCCGUCGCCGCCGCCACCGAGUCGCCGGCGGGGUGCAGCCAAGCCAACAGCAAGCGGUUGA